UGUAUCCUCAUCUAUAAUAAGAAAGCUCUCGCUACCUCUCUACAAACCUCAAACAAAAAUGAGUUUCCUUGUAUUCUUGAAGCUGUUAGCUUGUGUCCUUUUCUUUUUGUUCCUAAUAUUGUCUUUCACAAAGAGGAAAAACAAAGUAAAAAACCUCCCUCCAAGUCCUAGGAAACUGCCUAUAUUAGGAAACCUUCACCAAAUUGGGAAAUUGCCUCAUCGUUCACUUCAAAAACUUUCCAAUGAAUAUGGGGAUUUCAUUUUCUUGCAAUUAGGUUCUGUCCCAACUGUUGUUGUUUCCUCUGCUGAUGUUGCUAGAGAGAUCUUUAGAACACACGAUGUUGCUUUCUCUGGCCGUCCUGCCUUAUAUUCUGCCAGAAAACUUAGCUAUAAUCUUUCUGACGUGUCUUUCGCACCCUAUGGUGAUCACUGGAGAGAGCUUCGGAAAAUUUUAGUCUUGGAGUUGCUAAGUACAAAGAGAGUACAAAGUUUCGAGACAAUCCGAGACAUGGAAGUGAGCCGUUUGGUUCAAGAAGUUGGUUGUACUCUAAACUCGUCCGUUAACAUAAGUGCGUUAACACUAACCUUGGCGAAUAACGUUGUUUGUCGUGUGGCUUUUGGGAAAAUAAGUGACGAAAGAGGAGAUGAUAAUGGGGAGAAAAAGAUUUAUGAAAUUCUUUAUGAGACACAAGAAUUGUUGGGUGAGUUUAAUAGUGCUGAUUAUUUUCCUAAGAUGGCAUGGAUUAACAAAAUUAAUGGGCUGGAUGAAAGGCUUGAAAAGAAUUUUAGAGAAUUGGAUAAGUUUUAUGACAAAGUAAUAAAAGAUCAUGUUAAUUCAAGUAGUAGGAUUAAACAAAGGGAUGAUGAAGAUCUUGUUGAUGUAUUGCUUCGAAUUCAGAAGGAUCCACACCAAGGUGUCCCUCUCCACGAUAAUCACAUCAAAGGCCUUCUUGCUGAUAUAUUCGUAGCUGGAACAGAUACAUCAUCAACAACCAUAGAAUGGAUCAUGGCAGAACUCAUAUUAAAUCCAAGAGUCAUGAAAAAAGCUCAACAAGAAGUAAGACAAGUUGCCAAGGGAAAACAAAAGGUUGAAGAAGUUGAUCUUUACAAACUCGAAUACUUGAAAUUAGUCAUCAAAGAGACUCUUAGACUUCAUAUGCCAGCCCCAUUACUAAUGCCUCGAGUAACAAUUUCUAGCUGUAAAAUAAUGAACUACGAACUACCAACAAAUACAAGAGUCCUCAUUAAUGGAACAGCAAUUGGGACAGAUCCAAAAUACUGGGAAAAUCCAUUAACAUUUUUGCCAGAGAGAUUCUUGAAUAAAGAGAUUGAUUACAAAGGCCAAAAUUUUGAGUUCUUGCCAUUUGGGGCAGGUAGAAGAGGGUGUCCAGGAAUUAAUUUUUCUAUACCACUUGUUGAGCUUGCAAUUGCUAAUCUCAUAUUUCAUUAUGAUUGGUCACUUCCUAAAGGGAUGCUAGCUAAGGAUCUUGAUAUGGAAGAAGCUGUGGGGAUUACCAUGCACAAGAAAACUCCCCUUUACUUAGUAGCUUCUAAUUGUAAUUUGUAGUAGUGUGCAAGCAAAUGUUUAGCACUAAUUCUUUUUGGAUUUGACUUAUGUACACCACUAUGAGGAACCUUUAUAUUAUUUUGAGUAAUUUAAUAUAUAUUGUAACAACUUA